CCGUGGUUGAAUCGUGUUAGAUUCGCUUUUCCACGAUCAGUCUGUUGUGCUUUUCAGCGUGCAGUUCAUAUUUUAGAGGACGUCUCCCUUGCUUUUCCCUCGAUCUACACACCAUGGCAAACAUCAUCGGCUCACUCGGUGUCCGCAUCGACGCCAACAACUCGUUCGUUCAAGCUGCCGUAUACGGCUUCUUGCUCGUAGGCAUUGCCUCGUUCGCAGCACCCAUCAUUAGUACUAUCCGGGUCUUGCUCAGCUUGUUCGUGCUUCCCGGUAAAUCUCUCACUACCUUUGGCCCUCGCGGCACAUGGGCUCUCAUAACAGGCGCGUCCGACGGCAUUGGCAAAGAGUUUGCCCUCUCCCUCGCAUCGAAAGGCUACAAUCUCAUCCUCGUCUCGCGAACGCAAUCAAAACUCGACUCCCUCUCUGCCGACCUCUCCUCGAAGUAUGGCCCCAAGAUUGCAGUCAAGACGCUCGCCAUGGACUUCGCGCAGAACAAGGAUGCCGACUACCACAACCUGAAGAAGUUGAUUGAGGGGCUGGAUGUUUCAAUUCUCGUCAACAACGUCGGACUGAGCCAUAGCAUUCCUGUGCCCUUCGCCGAGACGCCCAAGCAGGAGAUGAACGACAUCAUCAUGAUCAACUGCAUGGCCACACUGCGCGUCACUCAUAUCGUCACGCCAGGCAUGAUAUCCCGCAAGCGUGGAUUGGUCCUCACCAUGGCAUCGUUUGGCGGUUUCUUCCCUACCCCGCUCCUUGCAACAUACUCCGGUAGCAAGGCCUUUUUGCAGCAGUGGUCCACAGCUCUCGGUUCGGAACUACAGCCCCACGGCGUGCACGUCCAAUGCAUACAAUCACACUUGAUCACGACGGCCAUGUCCAAGAUCCGCAAGUCGAGUGCGCUCGUCCCGAAUCCAAAGCAAUUCGUUCACGCAGCAUUGAGUAAGAUCGGCAGGUCUGGGGGUGCGCAGGGUGUCGCUUUCACGAGCACCCCGUAUUGGAGCCAUGGCCUCAUGCAGUGGUUUCUCUCAAGGUUUUUGGGUGAAAGGUCGCACGUCGUUGUAAAGGUCAACAGAAGUAUGCACGAGGAUAUCCGGAGAAGGGCAUUGAGGAAGGCGGAGAGAGAUGCAAAGAAGCAGUAGAAUUGAAUGUAAUGCGGCAAUAGCUAAUUUUGGGUUGUGUAGUAUCAAGGAUGCUUAGUACGAUUGAGAAAUAUGCAAAAAAUAUGCCGGAUAAAGGCAGGCUCGGGUCAAUUUUCAAUGAAUACCAAAUGCUCCAAGAAUUGUACUCCCGGUUAAUCCUCCUUCGAUGGUGUAGCUGCACUAUGGCAUGGCU